AAGUCAAGAAAAUUGCUUUUUAUACCGUCCCGUCCCGGUCACCUGAAAAACCCUUUAAAAUCUCCUCCUCUUCGUCACUUCAACAAACCUGAAAUAGAACAUCUUUUCAUUUCAUUACAUUGCAUUUCUAUUCAAUUAUCACAACAAUGGCGGCUACAUCGCUAACUUCUACAUCUAUAAUCUCAAAAUCAUCCUUUAAUCUCAAAAACAAAACCCAUCUUCAUUCUCACAUCACCCACAAUUCCCAACUUUCUUUAUCCUCAAAAAUUUCUAUAACUCCAUCAAUUUCCCUCUUUUCCACCCCAAAUCUCCGUCUAUCCGCAUCACCCACAAAGAAAUUCGUCGUUUUUUCUUCCCUUGAUGCAAAACCCACUGUUUUAGUCGCGGAAAAACUAGGAGACGCGGGGCUGGAUCUUCUUAAAGCAUACGCAAAUGUUGAUUGUUCGUAUAAUUUAAGCCCAGAAGAGUUGUGUACAAAGAUCUCACUUUGUGAUGCGUUGAUUGUUCGGAGUGGAACUAAGGUUACUAGAGAGGUGUUUGAGUCUUCGCAUGGGAGAUUAAAGGUGGUUGGUAGAGCUGGUGUUGGGAUUGAUAAUGUGGAUCUGGGUGCAGCCACUGAACAUGGGUGUUUGGUUGUUAAUGCGCCUACUGCGAAUACUGUUGCUGCUGCUGAACAUGGGAUUGCUCUGUUGACUGCUAUGUCUAGGAAUAUUGCUCAAGCUGAUGCAUCUGUAAAAGCUGGGGAAUGGAAGAGGAACAAGUAUGUGGGUGUAUCCCUUGUGGGGAAGACACUUGCAGUCUUGGGUUUUGGUAAGGUUGGUUCCGAAGUUGCUAGGCGUGCUAAGGGACUUGGUAUGCAUGUGAUUGCUCAUGACCCUUAUGCACCAGCUGAUCGAGCCCGAGCUAUUGGAGUGGAGCUUGUUUCCUUUGAAGAUGCUUUAGCUAAAGCUGACUUCAUUUCGCUUCACAUGCCUCUUACUCCUGCUACAACAAAGAUGCUUAAUGAUGAAACCUUUGCCAAGAUGAAGAAGGGGGUGAUGAUCGUGAAUGUCGCUCGAGGUGGAGUCAUUGAUGAAGAUGCUCUUGUGAGGGCUUUGGAUUCUGGGAUUGUUGCUCAGGCUGCACUCGAUGUCUUCACAAAAGAGCCCCCAGCCAAGGACAAUAAGUUGGUAUUGCACGAGAAGGUUACCGCAACUCCACAUCUUGGUGCUAGUACCAUGGAAGCUCAGGAAGGAGUAGCUAUUGAAAUUGCAGAGGCAGUUAUCGGGGCGUUGAAUGGGGAGCUUGCAGCAACUGCAGUAAACGCACCCAUGGUUCCUGCUGAGGUCCUCAAUGAGCUGAAACCAUUUGUUGAGCUCUCGGAAAAACUUGGUCGACUGGCUAUCCAAUUGGUAGCAGGCGGAAGUGGUGUUAAAUCGGUGAAGGUGGGUUAUGCCACUUCAAGAGCACCCGAUGAUCUCGACACCCGGGUGCUCCGAGCCAUGAUUACCAAGGGUUUGAUUGAGCCCAUUUCAAGCACCUUUGUGAACUUGGUAAAUGCUGAUUUCACUGCAAAGCAGAGAGGACUUCGUAUUACAGAAGAGCGCAUUCUUCUCGAUGGAUCGCCCGAAAGCCCACUUGAGUCCAUCCACAUCCAGAUUGCUAAUGUAGAAUCAAAAUUCGCUAGCGCAAUUUCAGAAACCGGGGAGAUUAGGCUUCAAGGAAAGGUUAAAGAUGGAGUGCCCUAUUUGACUAAAGUUGGGUCCUUUGAGGUUGAUGUCAGCUUGGAAGGUAGCAUAAUUUUUUGCCGACAGGUUGAUCAACCCGGAAUGAUCGGAAAGGUGGGAAGCGUUUUGGGAGAGGAGAAUGUGAAUGUCAAUUUUAUGAGCGUUGGAAGGUUGGCUCCGAGAACCCAUGCUGUCAUGGCAAUUGGAGUCGAUGAGCCACCUAGCAGUCAAGUAUUGAAAAAGAUUGGUGAAAUUCCAGCUAUCGAAGAGUUCGUAUUUCUUAAGUUAUAAUUUUCUUAGACGCGUGACUCGAAAGUAUUAUUCGAGACGUUCUGAUAGAGAGGGUUGAUGAUCAAACCUAGCUAUUAGGCUGUCGAACGAUCCGAGAGGUUCUGGUUUUGAAGACUUGUAUUCUUAUUGCUAUUAUUUUCAAGUUAUUAGUCCAAUAUAGUACCAAUUUUGGUGGGUUUCGUCGAAUGUAACCAACUUUUAACUUGUAUCGGGUUAAUAAUGAGUUAUGCGGAAGAGGUAACAUGAGCCCAAGAUGUUGAUCGAAGGUUCUCCAUUUCAUUCA